CUUUCUUCCCAUCCCAUUCUUCUCUCUUUACUCAUCAUCCUGGGAAUAAAAAAGAAUUAAAGAAAAAAAAGAAAGAAAAAAAUGCCUUCGUCUUCGAUUGUUGUGAUCUCCAAAUGCACAGUCUACCCAGAAUACAAAUCCUCCAACUCCAAAUCCUUAAAGCUCUCAGUUUCGGAUCUUCCCAUGUUGUCUUGCCAGUACAUCCAGAAGGGUGUGUUGUUGUCCCAACCGCCGCUCGACUCCGCCGCCUUAAUCUCUCUCCUCAAGCUCUCUCUCUCUAAGGCGCUGGCCCAUUUCCCGGCCCUCGCCGGCCGUCUCCACACCGACGCCAAAGGCCACGUUUAUAUCCUCUCCAACGAUGAAGGCAUCGACUUUGUGCACGCCAAAGCUCCCCAUCUCUCCGCCGCCGCGCUUCUCCCUUCCCACGCCGACAUUCCGCCGCAAUUUCGGAGCUUUUUCCAGUACGACAAUACCCUGAGCUACGCCGGGCAUUCGAAGCCGUUGAUGGCGAUACAGGUGACGGAGCUGAACGACGCCGUUUUUGUGGGGUGUACGAUGAAUCAUGCGGUCGUGGAUGGGACUUCGUUUUGGAAUUUCUUUAAUACUUACGCGGAAAUUUGCAAGGGGGAGGCGAAGAAGAUUACUAGAGUGCCGGAUUUUGGGCGGGACACCGUGUUUAAUUCUCCGGCGGUUCUUAAGUUCCCCGCCGGCGGGCCGGCGGCAACUUUCUCAGGCGAUGAGCCCAUUCGCGAGAAGAUAUUUCAUUUCACCAGGGAAGCGAUAUUGAAGAUGAAAUUCAGGGCUAAUAACGGGAAACUCUGCAACGGUGAAAACGGAAAACUUAACGGGAAGAUAACGCCCGUUAAUCACGAGCCGGGUUUGCAAAACGGCGCGGCGGCGGCGGCUAAGGCUUCCGAAAUUUCCUCGUUCCAGUCCCUGAGCGCUCAGCUCUGGAGAUCCGUAACCCGCGCCAGGAAACUGGAAUCCAGCAAAACGACGACGUUCCGGAUGGCCAUAAACUGCAGGCACCGGCUCGAGCCGCGGCUCAAGCCGCUGUACUUCGGGAACGCGAUCCAAAGCAUCCCAACCGUCGCUACAGCUGGCGAGCUGUUAUCUCACGACUUGAGCUGGGCCGCCGACAAGCUCCACCGCAAUGUGGUGGCCCACGAUGACGCCACCGUUCGCCGGGGAAUCCAAGAUUGGGAAAACAACCCACGAUUAUUCCCCCUCGGAAACUUCGACGGCGCAAUGAUCACCAUGGGAAGCUCCCCGAGAUUCCCAAUGUACGAUAAUGAUUUCGGGUGGGGCCGACCACUGGCGGUGCGAAGUGGAAUGGCCAAUAAAUUCGACGGCAAGAUCUCCGCCUUCCCCGGCCGUGAAGGCAACGGAAGCGUAGAUCUUGAGGUGGUUUUGGCGCCGGAAACUAUGGCCGGACUGGAGAACGACAUGGAGUACAUGCAAUAUGUUUGUUGAAGACAACAACAAUCCAAUUCCAUCUAUCACUUCAACAUUUAUUAUAUUUUUCUUUAAAUGUACCUUAAGGCUGAUUGUUCUCUCGACAAAACUCCUAUGUAAUAAUGUACGUUGCAUCUAAUAUUUACGUCCAUUUGAAGUCGUGUUCUAUAUGCAUCUAAAUGUCAGAUUAUAUCAAAUAAUAAUAUUUAGAAAUACAUUAUAUUAA